UCUGACCUUGCUCGGCACCGUGUUUACGGAAGUGAGUCUGAUGAAUGAACACUACAUUAUCGUCCAUGUCUAUGUGAAAUGUAGAAAAACUGUCACGUAUAGAUAAUUUGUCUCAUUUAGAAUAGUAGCUACUGUCAUAUGUCUAAGGAUGAAGCUAGCUAGGCCACAAAAACAGUAGCUAGCAGCCAAAAAACGUCAACGUCGCAACAUCUCAGAAGCAAGAGGUUCUCAAUUACAGGUAGACCUGACCAAACCUCUCUCCAACACCAUGUGGGACCAGGAGAUCAGACAGAUGGCGUCCAGCCACGCCAUCAUGGCGUCAGGGGUGUUUAUGGCGACAGUGGUGCCAGCGGUGCUAGUGCCAGGUUUCUCUGUGUACGGGACACACCUGCUGUGGCUGUACUCUGUUGCCGGGGCCGUUGCCGUGGUCAACAUCACCCUGUUCUGGCUGCUGGGGGUCAGCUCUCCCACCAAGAAACACACUAUCACCUACAAGGUGUCUAGGUUGGUACGUUCCUGUCUCUACCUGCUCCUCUCCUGUCUGUCCUUCCACACUGUAGUGAUCCUGUAUGGAGCACCGCUACUGGAGACUGCGUUGGAGACGUUCUCUCUGGCGGUGUUGUUGACCAGUCUGACCACUCUGAGGUGUGUCUGUGUCCUUGGGCCCAACGUCCAGGCUUGGAUAAGAGUGUUCAGCCGACAUGGGGCCAUGUCGGUGUGGGACACCUCUCUACAGAUGGUGGUCGGCUGCAGUGUUGUCGGAGCCUGGCUAGGAGCCUUCCCCAUCCCAUUGGACUGGGACCGGCCCUGGCAGGUGUGGCCCGUCUCCUGCAGUCUGGGUGCAGUGAUUGGCUACCUGACUGGGCUAGUCGCCGCUCCCGCCUGGAUCCACUGGCACCGCAAACACCUCACCUACAAGAUCAAGUGAUGGACUGGGGAGAGAGUGAGGAAGUGAUGGACUGGGGAGAGAGUGAGUGAGGAAUUGAUGGACUGGGGAGAGAGUGAGUGAGGAAGUGAUGGACUGGGGAGAGAGUGAGUGAGGAAGUGAUGGACUGGGGAGAGAGUGUGCGUUUCUGUACGUGCAUAUGGUUUAUAUGUCAGUCCUCCAGGCAGCUGACUAAUUAUCCCUGUAGUAAUCCUGCUGUAUUCCAUUGGUAUCUGAAUAUGUACUGGACUGUUGGAGUGAACAGAUUCUCUCCUGUAUGUUGCCUAAAAAAGAUUCCAGACUUCCCCCUUUUGACAAAUAAAGUCUUAGUUCUCUA